GUCAAAUUUUCUCUUGCGAACAUAAAAAAUCAAAACAAAACAAAACUGAUUCGAUAAUCACUGCAAUCGUUUGAGGUUCUAGUCAGCCAGCAUACGAACUGAUUCCUGCCUUGCUGCUGAUGGCUUUACAGCUGUGGAACCGUCCGCUGAAGCAUAUCCUGCGUGUGACAACCUGCAAACUUCUACCGCCCGUUGCUGCAUUCCGGUCGUUCAGAAUGAGUGCUCGGCAGCGCUCCGAAAAAGUCCUGGAACAGCUGAAGGAAUCAAACCCAUAUUUUGGAAAAUAUGCGAAAAAAAUAGCCGCCGUUCAGGAGAGCUCGCCGGAGCAGUUUCUGGCCAGGCUGGAAAGUGUUGAAAAGCAGAAAAGCAAUACCAAACCGGGCGGUUCCGAACAGCUACGAGAUUAUUCGGAACUGUUCAAUCCCAAAGUUCCGGUUAGCAAUCGUCCGAAGGAGGAGGCAGCUUUCAAGAAGUUGAGUGAUAUUAUGAAGGUGGACUUGAUUGAACAGAAGAGCGCCGACGAAAUAAAGGAAAUAUGGUUGCAGUAUCACCUGGGUAAGGAAGUCAUAUCGGCGGCUAUUCCCGUCGAGCAGUACGAUCUGAUGAUGGCAAGAGCGAAGAAAUAUCCGAUUUUUAUUCUUCCGAUGCCAAGAAGUCAGGGAUACGAGUUUAUCAUGCUGCAGUUUUUCGCAAAUACAGUUCAUUUCACGCCUUUGAUUAACUAUCAGGUCCACAAGGAAAACGCACCGGAAUGCUUGAACGUUGUCAUGUACACUGAGCUUCGCGAAAAAGGUCUAGUUCUGAUGCGAGGAGAGUACGACAGCAAGGUAAUUUCCGGUCAAGAGGCUCAGUGUUUGGCAAACCAGCUUCAGCUGUAUUACAGUCAGCAUAACCAGAGCAAAUUGGCCUUGCUGGAAGCGUUUACCAAUCAGCCAGACAAAUUCAAACACAUGGAUGUCAUCGAAGAAUUGAACAAUUUAAAGAUUGUUGGUUAAAUAUAUUGUGUUUGUUUUAGAGUGAAAAA